CUAACGAACGAACGAAAAUACCGAUCGAUCGGUAACCGGCAUAUCGAUCUUUUAACGACGACAAAAGCGAGUAAAGUUUUUUUUAUUUUCCACGAGUUAUUACAUAUAUAUUUUUUGCGAAUUUCCGUUAUUUUUUUCUUUCUUGGUGCGAUAUUUUUAGCGAAAUGGAGUUUUUAGAUCAAAAAGAGAUUACACAUUUCUUAGCUCAGGAGUUAUUUUAUCAGCAGUUUAUAACUCUCGAAGGCCUGAAUUCAGGUGUACCUACUCGAACUACCCCCACUCUCACUCCAACGACGUUACGAAACAUUGAGCAAACUUUUAUUGAGUUGCAGUCGAAACCAGAAAGUCAUGAAAACGAAGCGGGAUUCGUCCCACCUCUAGUCCAUUCUAUUGGUCACAAUCAGUACAUCUCAGCUUCAGACGCAGACAGUUUUUCUUCGAAGAGCCAACCGGCUUGGCACAGUAGUAACCUGUCCCAAUCGAGUUCGGACUGCGACACGCGUUCGACCCCGCCAUUGACUCAGAAGGGUCACUCACGGAGGAAUAUGGGAGGCAGGAAGCCCACAAAGGACCUCAACUGCAGCCCCGAAGAAGAAGAAAGAAGGAGAAUAAGGAGAGAAAGGAAUAAAGCCGCUGCUGCGAGGUGUAGGAAACGGAGAGUCGAUCAUACUAAUUCGCUUAUAACUGAAACAGAAGAGCUCGAAGCGAAAAAGCAAGCCCUCCAGGACGAAAUGCACGAUCUCCAGCAGAUGAAAGAACAUAUCGAAUACAUCCUGGACUCCCACAAGGCGCAUUGCCGCCUCCACACCCAAAGUCCUCCUGACGUAAAACCUUACAACCACAACGAUCAGUAUAACAACGAGCGUGUCAAAACCGAAUUCAUCGAACCCAUGAACGACAUCUUCCUCCUGCCCUCUCCGACGAAAAGAAUUAUGUUGAGUUCUACAGUGCCAAUUUCGAAACCGACCAGACCCAACACGCUUAACGUGGGAGCCACAGCGCCCAAAAGCGUCUCGGAUAUCAUAGGAGGACCCAUUUCCACCCCUUCGUCAGGGUUAAUGUUUAAUUUCGAUUCUCUUAUGGGCGGGGGUACCGGUUUGACGCCCGUUUCCACACCACUAGUGCCAUCUUGUAGUAGCCAACAGAGAAAUAUUCCGGUUAGUAUGGCUGAUUUGGUCUCUCCCGACGCUUGUGGGCCCCCGAAGCUUGUCAGUCUCUGAGGGCUGGAGUGUGACAUUUUUGUUGUGUAAUGUCCUGUUUAGUAUUUUCCGUUUUGUUUUUUUUUUCGAAGGAGGAAUCUGACAUGCCAAAGAUUUUUUUUAUUACAGUAUUAACCAUUGAAGUUUUCUCAUUUUUUUUUAAACAUAUUUCCUUCAGAGAACACUGGAUUUGGUGCAAUAUUUCAUCAUUCGAAUACUUUUAUUGAAGGUGAUAAAACAUAAUAUUGAAUAAUGAUGACUUGUUUCAGAUUACACUUUUGUCGAAAUGUAUGUCUUUUUAAAACGUGCUUCGCAUAAAUAUAAAAAAUUGCCUUUCUCACUAAGGCAUUUUUUUAAUUCGUGCCUUAAACUAAUAAUAAAUAUUUAAAAUUGCAGCUACAUUGCCUUUUGAAAUACUGUAGAGAAUUAAAAAUUACAAUUUGAUUUUUAAAAAACAAAAAUUUAUAGAAUUUAGUUUCUUUCUGGGUAAAUGAAAUACAAAUUGGUUUUCAACAUAAAUAAAAACAUAGGAUAAAUAAAAAUAAAGAAGAGCUGAACUGUGCCUGUUUUUUUAUUAUAAGCCAGUGAAAUACAAUGUUUUUUCUACAACUAUUGUAAUCAUAUAAGUGGCUUAAUAGUCAUUAUACACGAGUUGAUUACUAUACUAUCAACUACUGUUAACCUAAAAAAGCACUUUAUAAAUAUCAUCGAGGAGCGGCAAUAUUUUAAAUGGUAUACAUUUAAACAAACAUAAUUUUAACCAAUUUAAUUAAGACGAAACUUACUGUGAUAGUUUGCACUGUGACAAUUCAAACAGGCUACAACAAAUUUGUGAUUACCUUGACUGAAUUUGACACACCGAUUGAAUCAAACUGUUUUUUAUUCAAUUUUCCACAGUAAUUAAUAAAUAUACUAUAUAUCGGGUGUUUCAAAAAACAUGCCAUCGCUCGUGGGUUCAUUCCUUACACAAACAUAAGAGAAGUGAUUUUUAUUAACAUGGAUCUGUAGUUGCUUUGUUUCAAAGAUACAGUGUAUUACAUACAAUUUUUAACUUUUCAAUUUGUUUUAAAAUAUUUUGGUCGGCAAAAGUUGAUGGGUAAAAUUUAAAAAAAAAUAUGUUCGCGAUUGUCUUUUUUAUUUUUUGAUGACACAUUUAGUUAGAUAUUUAAAUGACUUUAGCUUUAAAUAAAUUUAAAAUUAUAACGGUAUCUUUGAAACAAAGCAUCUGCAGACCCAUGUUGAUAGGAAGUAUUUGUCUUUGGGUAAGGAAUCGCCCCACGAGCGAUGCCACAUUUUUUCUGAAACACCCUGUGUAUUGGCUAUAUUUUUCAAUAGUUGUAGAUAAAAAUAUUUAUUAAAAAUACAGCUUAAAUUAACAAAAAAAAAAUGGAUUUAAUUAGAAAUUUCUACAUAGUUUAUUUUUUAUUUUUUAUAAAAAAUAAAUUUUUGAUAUGUUUAGCCCUCAUAAACGAAUUUAAAUUAUUUAUUUACCGAUUCUGAUCAUUUCAAUUCGCAAUUUUGUUGUUUAUUUAUUUAUUUUUUAAUAAUUUACCGAAGCUUUACAAGUUCUUUUAGGCAGUUUAUCAUAAUAAAAUAACUUAGAUAUAUUUUUUUUUCUGUAAAAUAUUUUGACAAAAUUAAAAAUCUUCAGCGUGUCUGUUCGUCUUUCGAGGAUUUUGAGCUGUAUAUUUACGAAUAUUUGUUAUUUUAGGAAUCAUAAUACUUAAGAAAGCUUAGCCGAACAAUCAAAGUUGGACUGUUGUCAAAAAUUUGAACAACUCUGGGGACGUAUAAUUAAUUAUGUCCCAACACUUUUUACCAUGUUUAGUCGACCGGAACCAAAAAUUUAUUUAUUGCUAAGAUCAGUGACGUCUCUACGUGUCAUUUAGUUUUUACGUUUAUUUAUUUUUAAAUAGUUUUUUCUCAUUAUGUGGUUCAUGGUCUGUGGAAGAAAGAAUUUAAUAAAAGACACCCAGGUGUUUUCUUGUUAUGUUGUGGUCCACAGAUUUAACCGAUUUUUUGUUUUGUAAAUGAGUGCUAAACAUGGACCAAUUGUUGAUUAAGUGCUCAAACCGAUUCUUUCAUCGUGCUCCAAUAAAAUAUAUUUUGCUACGAAACCACGAAAUGCCUUUUUUAUAAAAGAGUCAUAUUUUCAAAUAUAGGAAAAAUAUUCCAUCCAUUACCUUUUUUAAAUGAAUUUAAGAGUUAUAUAAGAAUAUAUUUUUUGAUAUAGGAGUGCUUCUCAGAUAAAGCAGUUUGUGUUAUUAAUUAUAGGAAUUUAAAUAAAAAAUUUUUGUAAACGGGGCCGCUCAAGAUGCGUUUACCUUUACCAUUAGAUUUUUUUAACCGUACUUUUUGCAAUAAUGCGCCUCUUGAUCCGCCUUGUAUAUUUAUAAAUAAAAUUAUAUAAAUUUUAAUAUAUUGAUAAUAUAUUUCAGUAUACAUAGCAAUAUUUAAAGGUUACA